AUGAGCGGUGGUGUCUACGGUGGUGACGAAGUCGGCGCCAUUAUAUUUGAUGUUGGACAUCAAAGUCUUCGCGUCGGAUAUGGCGGAGAGGAUUGUCCAAAAGCCGAAAUCCCGACCAGCCUCGGGGUGUGGGAGGACGCCCUUGAUAAUGCUGAUCAAACCAUUCCACAAUCUUCCAAGAAACAUUAUAACAUUGAUGUUACGGCUAUUCAAGUUCGGCGAAAAGACAUGGAGAUAGUAAGUAUGGUAAAGGACGGCAUGAUAGAAGAUUGGGACAUGUUCGAACGUCUGGCUGAGUAUACAUACAAACAAAGACUUCAUGCACUAUCUGAGCACCACCCGAUUCUAAUGUCCGAGUGUCCUUGGAACACACGUCCUAAAAGAGAAAAAUUAUUAGAGUUAAUGUUUGAAAAAUUCAACGUCCCCGCAAUGUAUAUUUGCAAAAAUGCCGUCCUAGCUGCUUACGCAAACGGAAGAUCGACGGCUAUGGUCGUCGAUAGUGGUGCGACUCACACAAGUGCCGUUCCUGUUCACGACGGCUAUGUCAUAACUCAAGGUAUCGUUAAAAGUCCACUGGGCGGGGAUUUUAUAACGAUGCAAUGCAGGCAAUUUUUUGAAGAAAAAAAUAUUGAACUUACUCCAGCUUGUUUGAUAUCCAGCAAAGAUGUAGUACGUGAAAGAGAUCCGCCUCGUUGGACAAAAAAGCCGGGUCUCCAGCCGACCUCUUCCUGGCUCAAUUAUAUGGUCCGCGAAGUUCUCCAGGAUUUUCAAAUUAAUUGCCUUCAAGUUGCGGACAAUCCUUACGACGAAGACGCAGCUAAUGCGUUGCCUCUGAAACAUUUUGAGUUUCCCACUGGUUAUAAUGAUGAUUAUGGAGCGAUCAGAUUGAUGAUUCCAGAAGCGUUAUUUGAUCCUAGUAAUGUCAAAGGUGUUGGAACCAGUAUCCUUGGAGUCGGUCCUCUAGUUACCACAAGUGUUGGAAUGUGUGAUAUGGAUAUAAGGCCUAGUUUGUAUGGAAGUGUUGUCGUAACUGGUGGAAAUUCUUGUCUACAAGGUUUCAGUGAUCGGUUAAACAGAGAUUUGGCCAGCAAAACUCCUCCGAGUAUGAGACUGAAAAUAAUCAACGCUAAUAGCUUAAACGAACGUCGCUUUGGCGCUUGGAUCGGCGGCUCAAUAUUAAGUUCUUUGGGAUCAUUUCAACAAAUGUGGUUAUCCCGUCACGAAUACGAAGAAUCUGGUAAAAUAAUUUUGGAUCGAUGUACUUAA